GACCGUUGGUGACGUAGGACUUUUUUUCCUUUUUUUUCACUCCACCCUCUCUGCCGCCAUUUUGGGAGUCAAAACAGCCAACAAACAGCAGUGCACACUUUCACGCUUCUCCGUGUUUUUCUUUACUAUGGUUCACACAUGUGUGGUGGCCGGCUGUAGGAACAGAAGGACACCGGGCACCACCUUAUCAUUCUACCGCUUCCCCCGGGACCCCGAGCGGAAGCAGCGCUGGAUAGCUGCUGUGAACAGAGAGGGAUGGGUGCCCAACGAUGGCAGUCGGCUGUGUAGUACACACUUCAUCUCAGGUAAACAGGUGAAGAAUCCACGUUCGCCAGAUUAUGUUCCUUCUGUCUUCACAAUAGCUCCUUUAUCUCCAGAAAUGAAGGAGCCAGGUGCCUUCGAGAUCCUGGACAAGCAGGAGGCGCGUGUGGAGGCUGCCAAUGCCUUGUUGUUCCUGCAAGGCCAGGGUACGCCUGUGGUAGCAGAGCAGAGCCAGGAGGAGCAUCCUGAAGAGCCGCAGGCCAUCGUGGAUGAAAGUACAUCUUCUUCCAUCAGCUCAGACGAGGAAGAGGAGGACGAUGACAAAUCUGUGAGUGACAGCAAGAAAGGGAAAUAUGCUCAGUCACCUGAUGCCCCAGUUAAUUAUGAUGACAUGUUAAAAGCCCUAAAGAAGGAAAACCAGUCACUCAGGGAGUCUGUGGAGAAAAUGUCCCUGUCUGAGAACUCGUUGAGAAACGAUGCAGAGAAAGUCAAGUUUUACACUGGUUUACCCAACUACUUUGUCUUAGAGACAGUCAUGUGGCUGCUGGCACCUCACAUGGAUGGGAUGAAAAAUGUGAAGCUUUCCAAGUUCCAGCAGCUGCUGCUAACACUCAUGCGGCUCCGUUUGGACCUCCGCAAUCAAGACCUGGCCUACCGCUUUGGUGUGAAAGUUGGCACUGUAAUCAGAACAGUGCACCGGAUGGUCAACAUCAUGUCGUCUACUCUGGUACCCACGGCUGUCUUCUGGCCUUCCAGAGCUGAGCUCAGGAAAAACCUGCCUGCAGCUUUGCGUACUUCAUACCCCGACUGUGCUGUCAUCAUAGACUGUUUCACGGUACCUUUCGAGGAGCUGGUUUCCCGGGGCAACCAGCAACAGCAACAGCAGGAAGUGGCGACGAGUUAUAACGCGUUAAAAUAUCUGAUCGGUGUAGCGCCGCAAGGCGUUGUCACGUUCGUCUCCAGGGGUGUGCUGGGAAACGUCAGUGACAAAAGCCUGGCUGAGGGAUGUGGAUUUCUGUGCAAGCUUCUCCCAGGGGACGUCGUACUGGCUAAUCGGGAUCUGGACAUCGGCGAGUCUGUGGCCGCCCGUCAAGCACAGUUUAAAAUUGCCAGGGGCUCAUUGCUGGAUGAGGCUCCCUCUGAAGCACUGAGUGUGCAGAAGCAUGUGGAGAGGGUGAUCUCUAUGGUAAAGCAACGUUACGCCAUGCUCGCAGGCCCCGUCGAGAGCCCUUUCACCGCAUUCUGCGAGCGCACGUCAAACCUCUCAACAUUUGAUAAGAUUGUGCAAGUAGCCUGUGCCUUAAACAACCUGUGCAUCUCUGCGGCGCCACUUGAGUGAUACAUAUAGAUUCAUGCCUAGUGCUCCUUAAUACUAGUCAUGCAUUUGAUUUCCCCUUUUCUUCUAUGGACCUUAUUCCACAUUCUCCCACUAGGUCCAUAUGUGAACAAUAAUAAACUGAUUUAUAUGUAUUCACCAGUUAGUUUACGUUAGACUUGGAAAUGGAAGCCCUCCUCCCCAGAAGUGAUGUCAUUCAUUUAUGCAAGUCACCUGACAAAGACUGGCGACUUGCAAAGGACACCUUUAAACUAUACCUUUAAAUGACUCCUCAUUAGUCAUUUGUAAAUACUAAGGACUAGAAGCUGCAGCUUAGGAGGUGCAGGCCGUAUUUCCUGUACGUCAGCCAUGUAAAGGUCUGCAAAUUUUAUCAUCUCUAACAGGAGCAUAGUUCGCUGGACUGAUCCUUCUGCAGUAAAUGAGCUGUUUUGUUGCAUAUCUCAGUACACACAACAGAUAUUGAUGUGCAUGCUUAAGAAUGCAGCUCAUAGAUAAGAGUUUCUCCGGGCUUCAUGUGGGGAUAGAGGCCAGCUUAAUGAGGGGUUUGAUUUAUUACUCAGAAUAACUGUUUUGGCAUUUUCAAGUGUUUUUUCCCUGCAGCAUAUAACAACAGAACACAUAUGUGCCACCACACGUCUGGUGUUAAUUAUGUUAUUUCUGUCUUAGAAACAUGGCUCAACUCUGGGGGUUUUGAUAAUCUUUUCCUAGUUGACUGCACAAGUUGGAAUGACAAUACACACAACAAUACAAAAUUGAUGCUCACUCAAAAAUACUAACCCUGCACGUAAAGGGGGUUUAUUACAAGUGAGGAUCAAGGUCUGAGCGGUUCCAGCAGGGGUUUAAUGAUUAGCAAUGAUGUCAGUAUUUACCACACUACGCUGCUGUUUAACUUGAGUAAGGGUAAUGUUUUAAUAUUUUGAACAGGUUUAAUGAAGAACUUGGGGUUUUUUAAAAGAGGAGAAAGAAGAGCAGGACAAACUCAUGCAAACGCUGGUGUGUUUAUAUUCAAAUGAUAGUUUUUUUACACUCUGCAAUACUGUAGUUUUAUUGAAUCAAAGUAUCUGUUCAAAAGAUGCUUUAUUACAACAGGACAGCAGCCAGUCAGACUCUUGAGGUCUAAUUAAAACUUAGCUUAGUUGAGCAUGUCCACCUCAGCUUUGGGGAAUGUACCUUUAAUUAGUGUCUGGUUAGUUCUCAACAGCGUUCUUAAAAGCAUUCUGAUGUCAUUGGGUGUUAGUGAUUUGAAGCAUGAGAACACCAGAAGGAUUACAAGCUAUCAAAAUGCAUAUUUGAUGCAUGAAUUUCUUAGAUAAAGGUGAGACCUGAUUUCUGCAUAUAGUGAUCAUUGUGUAUUUUGAGGGAAAACUCUCUGACUCCACUGCAUAAAUCAUGCUUUCGCUUAUUGAAGUGUAUCUUCUGUUCUGCACAUUGCUGGUGCCUUCAUUUGUAAAUCUGGUACUGCUCUUACAAAUUAGUUUUCUACAGAUGUUUUUACAGAUGUUUCUGGUUCAAUUACUGAGUUAAUUGUGCAUAAAUAGCUCACACAUAUGUGCUGACUUUCAUUAUUAACUAAGAAAUGUUCCCAUCUAUUUGUAUUUGAUUAUAUCUUUCUAAUGUUUAAAAGUAUGAACUUCAAAUGAUGUCAUACAAUUAGUAAUUAUGCAUAGAUUAUCAUUUAGCUUUUACGUGGAGGUUUUUGGGGAUUACACACCAACAUUUGUCCCCGUGCUCUGGCUUCAGGCCCAAAAUUAAUUGGGGAGGCCUUUUAUGGCAGGAAGCUAUAACGGAGAUUAAACUGGCUCAGUUCUGGUGCCGAGCUCUUAAAGCUUUGCGUUAACAAGAAGCUUCGGAUGCAGCUGGGGAUGCUCUGGGUGCCCAAAGUGGAAUGUGCCUUUUAUUCUCUAGCCUCUGGGCGUUCCUUCCUUUACUGGUUGGCUCAUCCCCAGACAAGCUCCUGAUGCUCUUCAAACUGAUUUUCCCUUUACCUGUAAUGUUAGGUUGUGGAGUUUAUGACUAACUAACUAUGUCUUAGUCAAAAGAAACCAAAAACUUGAUCAGUAAUACAAACACGUAAAAGUUUAGUUCACUCAAGUUUACCUUUGGUUUACUUUAAUUUCUUGUAAUUCACAUGCUUCCUUUCCGAACCCACUCAGACUAGUAAACUGGAUUGUCUGUUAACUAAAAGCUUCUAGUCUGGUAAUAAUUUAACAGAUGCUGACUCUUUUAAUAGUUUUUUUUGGGAUGUACUUAUGAUAUUUAUUACUGCUGCUCAAAGCAUCAUUCUUAGUGUUGGUAUUAGCAAACCCUUUUGUAGAUGCUUGGAUAUUUUUGAUGUUAUAAUAGAAAAAAAAAUUCCAUUUGAGCUUUUAUACAAAAGUGAUGUAACUACUGCUUAAUACUUCCACAGAGCAGCCAGUGCUUGGUUUUCUCUUCAUGAGCUCAUUCUUAGGAGCAGUGAAACAGAAUCUGAGACAAACUGGUUCAUUUUGGUCUUUGUUAUAUUUAUUUCUAAAAUGUUGAUGUCACAUUGUUUUGGGUGCAUGUGCUUCCAUUAUGUGUAACCGCAAGUUAGAUUUAUUUCUAUGUUUCUUCAUUAUUGCAUACGGAACUGAACCAUUAAAGUUUAGGAAAUGCACCUGA